GUCACGGUUUGAACUGGUGUUGCAUUUGUCACUCUGGUACAUCAGUCGAAGACUAAUUCAGUUCCUUUCCCACAGAAGAAACGACCAAGAUCCUGUCACAGCCUUCUGGAAUUUGUGUAAACAUUGCGCUCAAAGAUCCAGCAACGCAGAAUUCCGGUGUAAAGCAACAGCCUUCAAAAUGUGUCUAUGGGAUUUAUCUGACAAGAAAUGCCCGCUGUGUGUCAGUGGUUUAGUGCAUCGAAACCCGAACUCAGAAAAGGCACUGGAAGCUCUUGAGAUGCGAAAAUAAGUCUGAAAUUCGCGUUUUAGUUUUUUUUUACAGACUUUUGCUACGAAUCAAAGCUGUGGCAGGCCACUGUUCAGACUUGCUAUCUAGUAUGAUCUCAUCAUCUUUCUGGUGCCAGUGACGUCAGUUCCUGGGGGCAUGGCAACGUAUAGCAAAUGAUUGUCAGUCUUCUUCCCUUAACUGUCCGACUGAAAAUGAAGGCAAAUGCCAAUGGUAAAAACUGAAUGACAGCCAGUGACAGUUUCCUGAAUACGCGAAAUCUAAGCGAAAGCUUGAGUGGCUUCCAAACAGUGAUUCGUUCGUAUCUAUGUCGUCAGCAGACGGCAACGGAAAAGCAGGUUCAGCUUCAGCAGCAGCUUCAGCUUCAGCUUCAGCAGCAGCAGCAGCAGCCCCGGAAUGGACGCCCUUCUGCCCCAGUUCGACGAAGCAUGGGCGAGCAUCAUCAUGAACGGAGGCGGGGACUCCGGCAGUGAGACGGAUUCCGGCUACGACCCGCUGUCCCCUGGGUACCUGUCAGAGAUGCCGCCCACGCCCUCGCCCGAAUCCUCCUCCUGCUCGUCCCUGCCUUCCCCGCCCAAUGUCGGCGACCUUCCGGAUGCCCUCUCGCCCACCACCAACUUGCCCGACGCAGAUGUCCUGGACCUUGAAACUCUAGACCUGGAUGCGCUGGACAAUCUGGACUACCUGUUCCCGAGCCCACCGACGCCUCCCUCAUCCUCGAAGCCACCGUCUCCAGUUAACUUAACGGCUUUUAUGACGUCCAUGGACAAUGGUGGGGAUGACUCGCUGGAUCUCACCGAGGCCCUCUCUACGCUGGAAGAACUGGGCGCGGCGCACAAUGUGCAUGACUUCCUGCAGAUGAGUGAGAUCCACUCGCCCAAAGUCCUUCACGAACAGAAGUUCUGUCACUCUCCCCCCGUCGGGACGCUGCCGCCAUUAGAGUUGAUGCCGUCGGCGGUCAUGCCCCACCUAGCGACCGAUUUGCCUCCCUCGGCCAUCGAUUUGUCACUUCCGUCGGCUGGACUGCCUCUGCUGGACAUGAGCCUUCCAGAAAUGGCUCUACACCCGUCGUUCGGCAUUGACCUGCCGUCAGAUAUGACCUGGGUGGCCCCGAGGAGCGAUGAGGUCGGGGGAGGAGGGGGUCUUUUCUCACAACUAUUAGAAGACGAGGUUGAGGAACCACCGAAGGUGGUGAACGUCUUCUUGGCCGGGCACGACUACACGAACAAAGUGGAAGGAGCGUCGUGUCCCCCUCAAUUCCUGCCUUGCCCGGCACGUUCCGUGACGUCUCUCAUGAACGGCAGAUGCCAGCAGGGGCAGCACCCAGCAGCCAUGGGAAGUGAUUUCUCGAAGGGCCCAUCCUGCCUCCCUCCUCCUCGGCAGGAUAACGCGAGAGACGACGAGCGCAUGUUCCAGUGUACUUACGCCGGAUGCGGGAAAGUUUACGCCAAGUCGUCGCACCUGAAGGCCCACCUCAGACGCCACACUGGUGAAAAGCCCUUCGUCUGCACGUGGCCAGGUUGUUCGUGGAGGUUCUCGAGAUCGGACGAGCUGGCCCGACAUCGUCGAUCUCACUCGGGGGUCAAGCCCUACAGGUGCAAAGUUUGCGAUAAGAGAUUCUCAAGAUCUGAUCAUUUGGCUAAACAUCAUAAGGUACACCGUCGUGACAGAGUUCUGGCCCUCUACGGUCCGCUGAGCACAGCUCUUCCAGGGCGACGUCCAAGAAUGCAGCACUACCAUAACCAAAGCCCGCCCCAGCCACCCCUGCAGACGCACCCUCCAAUUCAGAACAUCACUCUGGAUCACGCCCAUCAGCCCUUGCCACCCAUAGUCCACACGGUCGACUUCAGAAAUGUCAAACCCAUCAGGGUAUGUCAGUGAAAGGCUGGUGUUCGGUGAGACAGUUCAGGGAUCUGCUGAACGCUGAACAAACUUAAAAUAUUGGUAGAUCUUUGUGACGUGUUUCUUGUGAGUGACCUUUCAGUACAAGCAGAGAUUUUGCUUAGGAUGGGAGUUCCAGGGAAUCCGUGUUAUUGGAAAGUGUCGAGAAAGUACUCAGUGAAAGACGUUUUUCCAAUUUCCAGCGGUGUGCUGCCGUAAAAAAUAUAUCGGGAGAAUAACUUAGACUUGGUGCAAAGGUGUAGAAUGGUUCUCCAGUAAUGAAAACAUAUAGAACUAUCACUGAGUAUUUGUACGAAUGAAUUCGUCAGUCACACUCGUUGUGACACUUCCAGCAAGUUGUCUCCAUUGCUUGACCUAAGUCCAAGAUUUGACAUCAGGUCUCAUCUUACCCUUUAACGACUUACAACUCCUACGGCUGGCCAUUUUGGACACGUGGCAUAAGGUUGACUGAAUGAGCAUCAGCCAACGUACCCUUACACCGAAGUCUUCCAUCAUACUAGUAUGAUCCAUGCCCAUAACCUAAAACCCAGCCCUGUUUGAUCAAACCCACCCCUUUGGUUCGAAAGACAGUAUACGGUGCUGUGAAAUUAAGGAAUACAAUUUAUUUGAAGUGUUUGUAAAGAAUUCAGAGAGGACUGAACAGUGAUAUUAGUAAUGAAAGCAGAAACUAAUUGACUUCAUGUACAGUUUAGAACGAAACCUCCUGCAUAUUGUUGCUCGCCUGUGGUUGACUUAUAACUGAAGUGAGAGUCUUCAUUUUUAUAUUAAAAAAAAACUACAGUCUUAUCUGUAAACGCAUGAAAACUAAGUUACUGUGCAGCAGCUUGGUGAACUUCGAAUUGAUACAGUUCUAUCAGUACAAUCUUUCUCUCAACUGGAAAUGGUAUACAGCAAGAGUGAUAUAUGGAUACGUUCAACAGAAUCUAGCCAAAUCUAAUGAUGAAUGAGCUGUCAGCCUAUUGACUUGCAAUACUCUUUAAAGUUUAGCUAAGGUCUGAAAUCUAUCUUCAAUGCAUGUUCUUAAUGUCUAAGGAAUUAUUUUUUUUUGUCUCUACCCAUAUGCAAAAUAUAUAUGAUUUAAGCCUUUACACGAGAGAUUGGCAUCUAAUUAGCAAUUAUGAUUCACUCCCAAAAAUCACAUAUUGGGAAUAAAAUAAAGAAAAAUAUACAAAAUCUCUUUCUAACAAGGUAUAUAUUUAACUAUGCCUAGAAGGAAUCUCUCUCUCUCUCUCUCUCUCUCUCUCUCUCUCUCUCUCUCUCUCUCUCUCUCUCUCUCUCUCAAAAGGCCGCCUGGUUAGUCCCCCGACUUUUGUUUAGUGUUAUGAAUACCCUGACACAUCCCACGAUCUGCAGAUCUUGACUCUAACAGUUGUACUUGUUACUCAAAAUCGAUAUCUAUGAGACAAAGAAGCAAAAACGCUGAAGAAACAGAAGUCGAAACAUUAACCCUCUCUCUCUUUCUCUCUCUCUCAACAAUUAGAUCCUAAGAUAAACAAAACAAAAACUAAUGUAAUUUAACUCGAGAGCAAUAAAAUCAUGUUGCAUCUGCAUACGGAAUUAUUCUAAACUAAUGCAAAUUACACUUUCUGUUCUUAUUCUACUAAUUUUUUGUGUGACUUUCAUAAAAUAGAACUCCUCACUCGAGUGGCAGCGAACACCAAAGAUUAAAAUAAGCUGUAGGUUUGGUAGGCAGCUUUGUCCAAUGUGCUUGAAUUAUUCAGACUUGGGUAAAAACACAACACUCCACUAAUUCCUCUACUACUACUACUACUACUAAUGCUAAGAAAAUCACAAUAUCAUGAUAAAUAUUCACGUAACAAAAUUCCACAAUUAUAUAAAUGUUCCCAUAGUUUUCGCACUGUCAAAUGAACGAAUUCCUGUUUGAAAUUUAAAAGCUUUCUCGUCACGAAACAAUGCUUUCGUAACUCCUGCUUUUCAUCGCACAAUAUCUGUGUGUUAGCACAACCUCUUCUUCUUCCUCUCCUUAAACUUCAGUAGGAUAUUCAUUCUCCAUUUUAUGGACAGCUGAUACAAAUGGGAAUGAACAGCUUUAACCAAACUCCCGUCUUUCGAGACUUCGAGACAACACAAGGGGUUGUACCGUAAUGCAUUCCACUCUUUUGCCAACUAAACAAGGUGUGAUCCGACCUCCAACUUACUCGGGACACUUGCAAGAUUUUCCCCUCACACAUAAGUUGUAAACAUUAUACUCCUAACUUUUAACGUAAAUUAAAACAUGCUAAAAUCUAUGGUAAAAUGGACCCUUGUUUCACCAAUGAAAAUUAAAAUAAAUACAAUAUAGUUUAUUAGAAAUUAUUUUUCUGCACUGUUUGACAUGCGCAGUAUUUAUUUUUUUACAUUUUCACUCUAAUAAAUAAAUCAUAAAUAUCCUAUCCUAAAAUUCCUGCAUCAUUAACUCAACGAGAAACACCUUUUCCAGACCUUUUUAGGCUCUUCCGUAGACCUUUCCUAACACGCCCCCGCCAACAACAACAACAGCAAAGUAGUUUGUAGGCUUUACUCCCUGAGUAAGCGAUAAAAAGCACAGCAUGGCACAGAGAUGUUUACUGCGCGAAAGCCAUAAUAUGCUUUCCCCUACACUUGGAAUCCGUUCAUCGCCCUAGCAAAAGCAAAGAACGAUACGACGAUUUGGUUUUUUGUAACAAAAAAAAAAUAAGAUAUAAUAAUUUGAUAAAAACUCUUGUAAAAGUUUCAAGAUCAUUUGGAAAGAAAAGAUCAACGAAGAGCCGCAGCUUUUGUACAACUUUGAACGCAUUCCUGAUUUCUUUUUGUUUAUUUAUUUUUUAUCUUUUUUUUUUACCUUAAGUUGAAUUGAAUGAAUGGCUGAAAAAUAAAAAAAAAUGAAUUCGAUUAAUCCUAAUGUCUGUUUGAUAACUCAUUAACCAAUCUUCCAGCAAUAAUAACGUAAUGUCACCAAAAAUGUAUAUUAUACUAAUAAUGAUCUUAAGGGUUUGUGAUACACUCAUUUGUCAUUAGAUUUUUGUUAGAUUUUGGCUUGCUCGAGUUUUCUCUGUUUCGGAGAGGAAUCUGAACAAAUAAAUGUGGGAUAAUGAAGACACCACACUAAAAGUAAACAAUGAUAAAAUGGACAGUCUGCGCCAAAUCAAGAACAAAUGGACAUUCCCCGUGCUCAAUCAUGCUCUAUCACAAGCGGUUCAUGUGAUUGAUUCGCUUUGUCAGUGACAGCGUGAAUUUGUGUAUAUAUAUUUGUUGUAGCUAACUGAUCUUACUUCAGUAUCUUUCAAGAUCACACUCACCCGGGAACGCUGAGCUGCUCUUAUUUAUUGCUGACGUCAUCAAUUAAGUUGAGGUCUUUUCAACUUGUCUUAGUCUAUCUAAUUUAAAAUUUUUGUCUAAUUUAACCUUUUUUUUUAAAACGUAACUGGGCUGUUGUUACUUAAUCCUCUUCGGCGUUCCUGUCAUUAAUGAUCUGCUAUUGAAAUUACUAGUAAGUUAUUAACAGCUUGAAGUUCUCAAAUUGAUGCCGAUUGUGUGAUAGACCUAUACAGGCAGUCCCCAGUUAAUGGCUGUCUCAGUUUACAGCGUUCCAACUUUACGACGCUUGGCUCAAGGCACCGUUAACCUUGUAUUUCAGUGCCAUUACCCAGUUUACAGUGUCAUUACCCAGUUUACAGCGCCGUAACCCAGUUUUAUGGCAUGUAACAGUGUCGUAAACGCUAUUUAUUCCCAUUAUAUUACAGCAAUUUUCGGUUUACGGUGCACUGCUAGGAACGGAACUUUCGCCUUAAACUGGGGACUGCCUGCACGGCCAUUCGACAAUCGGACGAUCUUUGUGACCCGAUCACGAGUAUUUAGAUUAUUCAGGUCGUGGCAAACGAGAGCUUUCUAAUGAUGCUGCUGUUAUCAAGAUAUUCUAGGUUUAGAUAUCAUAUAUCUGUUAAAUUGCCCAGACAUAUUCCUAGGAAUUUUCAUUGGAGCCUUUUUUUACGUAAGUGAUGUCUGGCAGCCCUGUUUGACCACGACUCGUUCUGGAUAUGAAACGAGUCUAGCGAAGUCUUCCAUACGGAGUGCUCUAGGAGCAAGAGCCCGUGCUGGCUCAAGGCCAGAGGACUAUGCCAACGACAACAAAUAAAGCGAUCCGCGAAAGAUGCCAGAACAUCACUGACAGGCUUAUAUACUGUUAAGUCUCGUGCCAUCUCCACUCGUGGUCAUAUUUCCGUUGCUCUGAAAUAGGUGUAUCUUACACUCUGUUCAACUUCUCUAACAUUCCUUAUUAUAAGACUUUGUGGUUUACUUGGUCUAUUGCUGACUAUGUAUGUGGCCCACAAAAUAUAUGCUAGUAAAUGUCCGUGGCUUGCGUUUACAUUGACUCCACUUGCUACGAUGUUGUGGGCAUCUUGGAGCGCUGUUAUAUAAUUUCCCACUCCAUUUCUUUCAUCUCUUUCUAUUCCGUCAGGUAGCUACUAAUGCAACUUCUUUCUACUACUACAAGUCUCCCUUUGCUUAAAAUGCAGUCUAUAUUUCUCUCUAGUGACCCUGUUAAGUAUUUUGACAGCAGGAUUUGAUUUCAAAAUUCUUUUGAACAUUCCACGAGUGGUCAUGGCACCUUAGAAUUAAGAUAAUACUUUAUACUGUACUAUGUGUGUUUGGGUUACCUUAGGCUCAAGCGAGUUUUGCAAUGUUGUUGCCAAUGAAAUCGAAGUGUCUUUGUAUUUAUAUUUUCCGCUGAAGAGCGACUUUUCUUCUUGAUUGCCUGUAAGGACCCUGAAUGUCGCGUUUUGUACAUUGCGUUUGUAAAUUCCGUCAGAUCUGUACUGGAACUUGCUACAUUUUACCACUUAGAAUCGUGAUUUUCCCUUCUAGCUGAAAAAAACCACAGAAUUCGGUCGAUUCUGCUGGAUAAAUUCUACCCUGGUUGUAUGUUUUUUGUGUGUUAAUUUUAUUGCUUUUAAUUUCUAUAUUGAAUUUAUGUUAUUUGUUUAAUAAAUACUUUAAGCAUU